CGCCGCCCCGCGCACGGGCUCUUCUGCAGCAGUGUUUGGCCUCCCGGCUGCAGGUGAAGCCCGCCGAGCCGGGCUCCGGGGCCGAGUGGGUGGAGGUAACGUGCGCAGCGGCCGGGCCAUCGCGCCUCUCCUUCCGGGCUGCCGCGGCAGGGACAGCGCCUCUCUCCCGGCUGAGCCCGCUCGGCGCUUCCGCGCUGUUUGCCCCCAGCCCUGCUGCGCGGGGAACGGGGAGCAGCGCGCAGCGCAGCGUGUUUCCGAGGGAAGCCACGCGCCUGCGCGGCCUGGCUCUGCUCCUUGGGGACCGGUGUAACGUGGGCCACUGCGCUGCGUAGGAAUGUGCGACUGACGGUGUCCUGAGCAUGCUCAGUUCAUCUGCUGAAGCCACUGCCCUGACACCCGUAGGAUUCUGCUGACUGCUUUUGACAGAGGCAUUUCACUGGUAUUUCAAGAUGAGGCAAAAGCCAGUCACUCCACAGCAAAAAAUCCAAAGAGGACUGGUUAUCUACAUAUGCUUCUUCAAAGGAGCCAGUGAGGAACUAAUUCCAAAAAUGGUUAAUACACUGUUGAAUGUUAAAUUAAGUGAAACUGAAAGUGGAAAGUAUGUUUCUCUUCUGGAUUUACCAGGCAACUUAUUAAUAAUACCCCAAGCUACGCUGGGUGGUAGACUGAAGGGAAGAAAUAUGCAGUAUCAUUCCAACAUUGAAAAAGAAAAAGGGAUGGAGCUUUAUUCCCAUUUUGUAACAUUGUGUGAAAAAGAACUGGCUGCUAAUACGAAAUGUGCUGAAGCAGGUGUUGUUGUUAAGUAUGGCACAUAUGGAAACAGACAGGUGUUAAAACUGGAUACAAAUGGACCUUUCACUCAUAUGGUUGAAUUUUGAAAGAUCACGUUUAUGUAUAGUAUUCUCCAACAACUGUAGAAUUUCUCAUUUAUAAGUGAUAAUGUGCUUACAUUGAUUGGAAUGUGAAGAAACAGAAAUGUUAUUUCAGUAAAUUUACACAAGUGUUGUCCAGCCCAUGUAAUACAUUGGUUAUUAAAAAUGAGUCUAACAUUC